UUCAAAAUUAGAAUACAAAAAAAGAUGUGUGGAUCACUUCUGUCGAAGUUUAAGAAUCCAACCAACAAGAUACACUCAGGAAACAUCAGUUUUACGAAGCCACACCAGGCUCUAAGUAAGAAAAGGCUGGCCACGGAAGACGUGGAUAGGAAUGAAGACAAAGAGUUUUCUAAAGAUGGACUUCAAGCUAGUGCAUCGAGCGUUCGUUCCAUGGAAAAAAUCCCCAGCACCAGCUCUUUCAAGCAGGGGUCUUCCUACGAAACUGAUUCUUCGUCGCUAGAUGAAACAGAAUCUGCCGUGCGCGCAUUGGUUGACCAAAGUAGAAACAUAUUCCCUGCCGCGCGCAUGAACAACAGCAAAGAUCGGCUCCGUGUUUUGGAUCGCGAUGAUCAGUUGUUGGAAACUGCUCGUGAAAUACUUACUUUUCAACUCUGUGCUUCCUCGUCAAGCUCCAAUUCUACCCGAGCCGUCAAGCCCUUCAGUUCAGCCGUUUCCUCUGCUCCAAAUAAAACGCAAGCCGCAGUGGCAUUUGACAUUCCUGCUGGAAAAGCGAAAUCGGUCUGUCCGCCUGCAAAAGUUCCAAGGCGCUUCAGACAGUGUAAAGUAGCACCUGAGCCUAAUUUGGAGGAUAUGGAACAGAAGAUGCGUGCUGCUGAGGAGAGGAAGCUGAAGGAGUUGGAGCGCGUCCGAGAGAGUGCUCGUAGCAGGGCUAGGCUGGGGCGACCACACCCUGCGGAGACUUCUGCCCGAGCCACUGCUGUAAAAAUCGCCGUUAAACAAGCAGCUGCGGAAAGAAAGCGUAGCGAAGAAAUGGAGAAGCGAAGACGAGCUGGAAACAAAACGUCCCGAAAUAGGAGCAGAAUUGCAGAAGCACAGGCCUUCGCCAGGGACCGGCUUCAGUUGUCUAUUGAACAGAAAGAGGAGCAGACCAAGCAGAGGAAAGUAAAACGGCAAAUGAAGAUUGAUAAGCAGAAUAAGAUGAAACAGAAGUACGCCAAGAAAGUCAAAGAUAGAGUGACUCGAAGACUACAGGAGGAGGAAGCAGAAAUCCGAGCUGACCUUCGAGAUAUGGAGACUUACAAAGCCUCCGGCGAUAGCAGCGACGAGUCUUGGGGAGACGAAGAAAAGGAGAGAGUCAAAUACGACUGGGAAGAUUUCUUCUCAGACUAAGACUGAUCUCUGAACCAAGCGGUUUUCGAUGACUGUAGAAAACUACAAGUUUGCAUGUAGCUUGACUA